UCUAGUGAAAAUUGAGAACUGCCGACGCAGCAGCUUGUUUGAAACCCUCUCCACGCUGCUCGCACCCGGCGGGGGAAACUCAUGCAGUCCUCCUCAACUACAGCGUUCAGCCCGAGAGACACGGAACUCUUCCGCAAGCAACAUGGCCAAAGUGACCAGCGGCGCCUCCGGUUGUCGAGCCAUGGUAAAGGCAGGGAGGUAUCUGUCGAGCCCGUCUCUGACUCGGUGUACCGGCGGCCAGCGGCAGCGGAAGAUGUUGGGUUCACAGGGACGAGCGAUGAGCGCUGACGCGGCCGGCACGGGAGGAAAACCCGCGGCUUCGGCCCAGCAGGAGCAGCUGGGCGGUUUCACCGCAGCAGACAGACACGCGCCGAGCAACCUGAAUCUGAUUUACCGGGAUGUGAAGGCUUUUCUCAACGAAGUUGGGGGAAACCCCCGGGAGGCUCGGUACUGGCUGACCCAGUUCCAGAGAGCGACUUCGGCUCAGUCUACUGCUUUUGCUGUAAUCGAGGUUGACAGCUCAGUUUUCGCCAGCAGGGAUGUGGUCGAGAGCCUGGCCUUCGGGCUCUCCUUCCUGCAGCGCAUGGACAUGAAGCCCGUGGUGGUGAUGGGCCGGUCCGCGUGCGAGGAGACGGGCCCGGCAGAGCCGGCGGCGGGAUCUCCGUGCACCCGAGGGCUGGUGGAGCGGAGCCAGCAGCUGACCGAGGCUCUGCAGCAGCACUCGGCCUCCGUCCUGCCGCUCUUCUCCGCCGAAUCCUUCCUCCUUCUGCAUGAAGCCCCGCGCGGGAGCAGCGCUCCGCCCUCCGUCACCGUGGACACCAGCCUCCUCCAGUGGAGCCUGAACUGCGGGACGAUCCCGUUGGUUUGCCCGGUGGGGAGGGACGGGCGGGGCUGCUCGGUGGCGCUGGACCAGACGGUGGUGACGGCGGCGAUCUCCCGAGCUCUGCAACCCCACAAAGUCAUGUUCCUGAACAACUCUGGAGGUCUCCGCAGCCGAGAAAACAAGGUGCUGGACACAGUGUCGUUGCCCAGCGACCUGCCCAGUCUGUCCACGGCGGCGUGGCUGAGCACCGCGGAGCGCCGCAGGGUGACGGCCAUAGCUACACUGCUCAAUCAGCUGCUGACUGAGUCCUCCGCGGUGAUCACCUCCGCGAACACACUGCUGACCGAGCUGUUCAGCCACAGAGGGUCGGGGACACUCUUUAAAAACGGAGACCCCAUACACCGGUACAGCUCCCUGGAGGGCAUUGAUGCAGAGCGCCUGCUGGCCCUCAUCAACGUGUCGUUUGACAAAACUCUGAGGCGAGACUACAUCGACUCCCUGAAGGGACGACUGCACUCCAUCUAUCUCUCCGAAGGCUACAGCGCGGCGGCCAUCAUCACCGUGGAGCCGGUGAACAGCGGCACCCCCUACCUCGACAAGUUUGUGGUGAGCAGCAGCAAGCAGGGUCAGGGCACCAGCCACAUCCUGUGGGAAUGUAUCAGACAGGACCUGGGCAAACUGUUCUGGAGGUCUAGAGCCACCAACAGGAUCAACCCCUGGUACUUCAAACACUGUGAUGGCAGCUUUGUUAACGGGGUGUGGACCGUCUUCUGGUUCGGUCUGACAGACAUCAGAGAUUCCUACGAGCUGGUGGAGUACGCCAAGAACCUCCCCGACUCUUUCCACGUGUCCUCCCACACCGCCUCCGGCGGGUCCUGAACCACCUCCUCCCAGCUGAUGGCUGUGUGGCUCCUUAACUCGGCUAUGAAUCUAUCAAUAUUGUUUCCUUAUCUUUGCUCUGACUUGACUUUUUUUCUAUUUUGGAUUUUUUUUUUUUCUCUUUUAAAAACUUGAAAACCAAAUCUGCAGUGAGAAUUUCAUACUUGCAGAAUGUUUACGAACUUUUAAUCAUCCUCUAUUCUGAGGGCUGGGGUUAGCUCUAAAGCUCAUCCUCACUUUGCUAAGAAACACCACUAAGGUAUUUUCCACUUCAUUUUAAACACAAUUUUCUUUCUUUCUAUUUAUUUAUUUUUUUAAUUCCAAACGGAAGUGAUGUUUUUCACACUCGUGAUGCUGUCCAGAGUGGAGGAAUCUCAAAACUACGGUCUUAUGUAUUUACCAAAGACUGUCUGGCAUUACAGAAUUGUUCCUCACAUUUGGAAACACAAACGGGGUGUAGUUUAAGGGGGAAUAUGUUUUAUGGUCAUAUGUUUGCAUCUAUAACUUGAAUAUACACAUAAAACCUACCCAUAAAAAAGCUAUUUUAUGCUAUUUUAUUAUUAAUGUAUAUUAAUAAUAUUAAUUAUUUGAUAAAUUGGGGCCCAUAUCUGAAAGGUGUUAAUGUUAUAUGUACAGAUAUGAUAUUUUUGGCCCAGGACUUACUUCAUCCUAAUGUUAUGAUUGCAGUAAUAACUUUUCAGAAUGUUACACAGUGCAUAAUGUUUUCUUUAAAGAUACUGGAUGUGCUGUUU